AUGAACUUGUUGUUUAUUCUCUCAUUAGUGAGCCUUGCUGCGGCGGGUGCUAGCAAUUCAGUUAAUACUUGGGGAGGUGUUAUUCAAUAUGAUGAAGAUUGGGGAUAUGUUGAUAUUCGUACAAAUGCUCAUACUUUCUGGUGGCUUUAUGCAGCAAAGCCUGCCAAUUCUCAACGUCCACUCUUUCUCUGGUUGCAAGGAGGACCUGGAUCAUCUAGUUCCGGUUUUGGAAACUUUGAGGAAACUGGACCAAAGACGUUGAAUGGAUCUGACAAUCCAGCUACUUGGCUUCAAGUUGCUGACAUGGUCUACGUGGACAACCCCGUUGGUGCUGGUUUUUCCUAUGUCGACGAUAAAUCUGCUUACACCACUGAAAUCACUCAAAUUGGAAAAGAUUUGCUCGCGUGGCUUCGCAAAUUCCUUGCUCUUCAUCCAGAGUAUCGUACUCGUCCGUUCUACAUUUUCUGUGAAAGUUAUGGAGGUAAAAUGAGCGCUCAAUUUGCUAAAGUCAUAACUGAUUCUAUCAAAGCUGGAAGUCUUCAACUCAACUUCCGCGCUGUUGCUCUCGGAGAUUCAUGGAUUUCUGCAAUGGAUUAUGUCAACACCUGGGGACCAUAUCUUUAUGCUAAUUCUUUCCUUGAUGACCAUCAAUUGAAUACAGUUAAUGCUGAAGCAGCAAGAUGUCAAGCACUCGUGGAUCAACAGAAAUGGGAAAAAGCAACGAAUUGUUGGGGAAAUAUGGAGAAUUUGAUAAGUGUUGAGACGAAUGAUGUCUCUUGGUAUAAUAUUCUGAAGAAAGGAGAUACUGAUGACUGGAGUUCAUCUGCAAUGAGAUCAAAUAGAGUGAUGACUUCAACUCGUAGAUUGUAUAAUCGAUUCGUUGCUCCACAGAAUUUGGAUUCUCUUUCAAAUUACAUGGAUACAGUUGUUCGCAAGAAGUUGGGAAUUAUUCCGGAUAAGGUGAAGUUCGGAGGACAAGCUGGAGACGUGUUCAGUUAUCAACAAGGAGACUUUAUGACACCAAUUUGGAGUACUGUAGAUCAGCUUCUAAAGGAUGGAUACAAUGUGAUUGUGUAUAAUGGAAAUGAAGAUUUAAUUUGUAAUACAAUGGGAACUGCUGCAUGGGUUAAUCGGCUCACUUGGGACGGUGCUGCUACAUUUAAUUCAACAACUAGACAUUCAUUCAAAACUCAAUCAUUCCCAUUGGCUGGAUAUUACAAGACUUACAAGAAUUUGCAAUUCUGGUGGAUUCUCAGAGCAGGACAUAUGGUUGCAUAUGAUACCCCAGAAUCUGCAAUCUUCAUGUUGAAGGCCGUGGUCAAGCAGUAUAAUGCAUAGAACUUUCUCAUUUUCUUUAUUUAUAAAUGUAUUC